AGGCUGCUUGAUUGCUCACAAAGUCUUCAACAUACAAGCUCGAAGGACUCUUCUUACGUCUACAGGCUUCACACACGCGCAAGACUCUCAAGAGGACAAUAAGGCCUCAGACAGGACCUGCCCCCCCCUCUUCUCCAUCACCUUCAUCAACACUACGAGACCAUGAGCCUUCAGGAGCCCAACCACACAAACUCCUGGAAUGGCACACCGUGGUUUAUCCACGAGUGCACCAUCGAGCUGGACUCUAAUUACAGGCGCAUCGCCCUCUUCUUGAUCUACCUGUUCAUCUUCAUGGUGGGCCUGCUGGAGAACGCCCUGGUCAUCUGGGUGAACUGGCGUCGACGACAUUCCGCCAACGGGGUUCUCUUCUGUGUCAUCAACAUGAGCCUGUCGGACAUGAUGGUGAUUGUGAUUCAGCCGUUCUUCAUGAUGGAGGUGACCAUGAACGAGGUUUGGCUGUGGGGCCGCUUCCUCUGCAAGGUCACACACCUCAUCUACAUGAUCAACUUCUACAGCAGCACCUUCUUCCUGGCCUUCAUGACCAUGGAGCGCUAUCUGUCGCUGACCAGACCUUCAUCUCCAGCCCUGUUCCCUGUGGCAGGCCGGCGGCGUUGGCUGCUCUGCGGAGGCCUAUGGGUGUUUUCUUUUUUCAUGGCUCUGAUUGAGAAUGUCCAUGUGGAUCUUCUGGAGUGGGAUGAACCUGGCUGUUACAUGAUGCCAGAAUACCACUACAUCGAAUGGUAUGUCUCUGUGACUUUUCUUUGCAGCAUCUUCCAGUUUUUGCUCCCCGCCACUGUCAUCAUCACGUGUAACGUGCUGAUCGCUCGAGCGGUUCAGACUGCUCCAGACGUGCAGGGCCGACGAGACGUGUGGCUGGUGCAUGUCUACUCCCUGGUGUUUGUCAUGUGCUGGCUGCCAUACCACCUGGUCAUGUUACUGCUGAACAUAGACGACCUUAACCCCCUCAUAUUAAGCUGCAACGCAUUUGAAGUCCUCUACUUCUCUUUCAGCGUAGUGCAGAGUCUGACUCUUUUCCACUGCAUUGCCAAUCCCAUCCUCUACAACUUCUUAAGCAAGAGCUUUCGCAACAACCUGAUCAACACGGUGGUGACCUACAUACCCAGAGAGCGGGCCGUGGACCAGCCCAAUUCUCUCAAUGGAGGUGGUACAGACCUAGGGAAGCAGCGCAAGUUAAGUAAUGCCAGUACAAGCCAGUCUGAUGUUGCAUCAUAAAGAAGAAAAUGAGAUAAGAAUAGAGAAAGCUUCAGGAGGAAGACACUUUCUAAAGGGAAGAUUUGACAGAACUGAAUUAGUUCUAGUGCUUCUGAAAACAAGAGGCAAAUGUUGUUGUGCAAUGUAUCUGUGUCGUAAGCUCAUUGUGCUGUAUGUUAUGCAACACCACCACGACACCUUCCUCUCAUAAUCCCUUUCCUGUUUUCUUUCCAUGUAUCUCAUCACAGUUUGAAACAGAGGAAGGCAGGAAAUGUUUGACUUCUGCUUUCUUCUCAAAACUUGCUCAUCUCCCAUAGGAAAACAUGGCAGCCUCUGAAAUGUGAUGGCACGGGGGGGGGGGGGAAGCAGUGCCACACAAGGAAUGUGUGUAAACAAAUCUACUUCCUGUACGUCCUAAUAUCCCUACUAACAUUUAUGCAAAUGUGAAAUCUAACUAAAUGGGCCAGAGUCUAAUUUCAUACCUGUGCCUGAAUGCUGCCGUGGUCUUUGUGCUGUGUUAAAAUGCAAUUAAACUCCCUCAAACACUACUUGUGUCCAUUUGAGUAGGAAAAAUGUGA